UGUGAAGAAUACAGCCUUGGGAACCGCUGUGCCUGCAAGCAAGCAAAUGAUCGGAAUGAAAUGUUGAGAUAUAUUUCUAAUUUCAUCAGUGUUGUUUCUCUCUUUAAUAUUUAUGAUACUGUGUAAAUGUUCUAUUUAACAAAAUAUUGUCUGGAAUGUAUUUGUUAUUCGAUAAAGUCCAUAGCACAAUAAAACGUGAACUUAAAUUAAAUAACCAACAUUUUUAAAUUUACAUUCCAUCACUUUGACAAACAAGAGACAUUUAAAAAGAAAAAAUUGACAGUAGCAAGACAUUUUGUGUGUCUCUGAUUUUUUUUCCUCGUUCAAACAAGUAAGAAAAAUAAAAGAAAAUCAACAAACAGUGCUUGUUCAUACAUCACUAGUGAAAAAGGCAAAAUGAUAUUUGUUCAGAGUUUACAUUUCCCCUUUUCACAUCUUGCUUGUGGAUUGUCUCGGCUGUAAUAGUAGCCCCACCUUCUACUUGCUCAGCCUUCUCCUAUUAUCUGUACUCUUAUACAUAGCCAUGGCAAAAUUAUUUUUUGUUGUCCUUUUUUUCCCUAAUAUUAUUUUUGUCUAGGUAAUUAUGGUAAUGUUAUGGUAAUUUACAUAUGUUUAUGGAAUAUGAAACAUUCUGUUUUAUUGUGUAUGGGUACAAGACAGAACAACAGAUCUUCAAAAAAAAAAAAACUGUACUGAUGUAAUUUAAAGGAACAAACUGUGACCCAUGUUCAAUUCUCAUGAGACUGUGAUUAAGUAUUGGUGCAUCAAUUUUAUGAGUAAUCAUGAGACUUGAAGCACACCUCUGAGGAUGAAAAUAAGACAUUGCUGACUGUUCAACUCGUAAGGUACUUCCCCUUCCUCAGAAAACAUUUACAUACUAACAACAUAAAUGUGGCCUGCUGUGUAAUAGAGUGCAUCCAGAUGCACUGGCUAAAGAUGACUUUCCAUUUAUGGCUUUUACUUUUCAUAACUCCUUUAGCGGUGGCAAAAUGUGGCAGUAAUAAUUAUUACGAUGGACUAAGUGAGGAUUGUCAGCCUUGCUCUGUUAGAUGCAACUCUCCCCCUGCUAUCUGUGUGACAUAUUGUAAAUCUACAGCAUCCUCUGCUAAUGAAGGAGGAGCGAACCAAAAUGUUCGUGUAAUCAUCAUAGUCCUUUUUGUGUUCCUUGCCGCUUUCAUCACACUGACUUUAAUUCAGGUUGUACGCAGAAAGGCCUGUAGACCAGUCAACAAAGCCAAAGCUCAACAACAAGAAACAUCCGAAAGUGAUGAAGGUUCCGAGGCAACCGAGAAGUCGGAUGAUGGAUCAGCUGACGUGGAAGAUGCCACAUGCAAAACUUACUGCAAGACCAGUCUUCCACUUCCUUCCACAGAGGAGGGCACCACCAUGCUAGUCACCACAAAGACAGUGCAGACAUAUAACUGCAGAACCCAGUAUACAGAAGAUGUAGGUCUCUGGAAAGCUGAAAUCGUAUAAGAAGUACCUCAAUGAUAUAUACAAUUAUGAAGGCUCGAAAAUGCUACAAAACCGUAAAUUGCACAGAAAGAUGGAUGAUGUUUACCUAUAUUAUUCAGUUUUUCUUGGCUUUCAGUUUUGUCAAAUCUUGCUAUUAGAGCUGUUUUUCAUCCCCAGCUCUGAUUCACUUAGCUUUGCUUUAGUGUUUAGAUGCAUUUGAAGAGACUGAAUAUCUGAAUCGGGUGUAAUGAGGUUUGAGGUUAACCUAAACAAAGCAGCACAAACGGGCAUUACUGAAGUCUGUUACAGACUGAGUAUACUACUUGUAAAUUAAGCAGAUCCUGUUCAGGAGGAAGGUAGGCUACUUCUGCAUUGUAUAGCAUCUUGAUAAUCAUGAUAAUCCUUAUCUUUGAACCAAGACUGACAAUGAAUCCUUUGACCACUUACAGAGAAUUGUAUUAGUUUCACUCCUUCAGGACAGAACAUGUAUUUUGUAUCAAACUUGGAUAAAGCCAUGCUGGGUUUGUAGCUACAAUGUUAUGUGUUUAUUAAAAACCCUUGUGCAUGUGCACAGCUUCAAA